AUGGCAAUCCUCAAGGAAGAUUCCUCAUACACCCACAUCAUUGCAAUUGAUUUCGGUACAGGCGCAUCUGGCUAUGCAAUUACUCCUCGUCUCAAGGAAAACGGUAAAGCCCGAAUUGAAGUUUUUAAUCCAUGCGAUGACACAGACGAUCAAAAAGCUAUCACAGCGAUUCUCUUUUGACACAUAAAUAAAAUGGCAUUUGGUUCGAGUGAUUAGCUCCGCUAAUUUUCUCUCCCUCAAGCAAUUUUAUUUAUGGGGUUAGGUUUUCUUUUGAGGACUUCUGUACAGCAAUAGCAGUUUAACUCUGGCAGAUAAGCCGAGGCACUGCUCCAAUUAUAUAAAGAGGCUCGAAGUUUUACCUUCAGCGCACCCGAGGAAGGUGACCCUUAGGCGGAACACGCGCAGAAGCUGAGUCAAGGAAGGCAAAGUAACGCAGCCCGUCGAAGCCGGAACGCCAUACACGCCCGUGCCCUGGCGCAAUGAAGUGUAUCGAUCCAGAGGUCCAUUGGCCCGACACGUGGACAAAUAUGGUGGCAGCUCUGGAAACGGCUACCGUAGUGGACGUUAAACGUUAUAAAUUUAAUGAGAUAAGAUAAGAUUCUCUUUGACACGAAUUUCAAGUUUUUGGCAUUUGGGUCGCAAGCACUUCAGCAAUAUGCAGAAAUAAUAGACGAUGGGGAAAGUGCAUUGCUUUUUCAAACGUACAAAAUGCAUCUUCUCCAUCUUCAUAGCAAUGCAGUCUCUGUAGAUGGCCGCGAAAUGCCACUGAUGACUGUGAUUUCGGAAACUCUGCGAUUUAUAUCUGACAAGGCUAUUCAAAAAUUAUCAGAACAAGUCGGAAAAGUCGUCAAAACAAAAAUCAUGUGGGUGCUAACGGUGCCUGCAUUAUGAAGUGAAGAGCAUAAGCAGUUUAUGAGAAGUGCCUGUGUUGAGGCUGGAAUUAUAACAGAGCUAAAUUCACCUAAUCUCCUGUUGUGUUUAGAGCCUGAAGGAGCCUCAAUUUCAGUUAGAGAAGAUAGUGAAGAAAGCAUUAAGCAGCAAAUGACCAAAAACACUGUUGUCAUGGUGCUGGAUUGUGGAGGGGGGACUGUCGAUAUAACAGUGCACAAGCUUUUAUGCGAGCCUGAAGAAAAGUUUUUAUGCGAAGAACUGUUGCCGUCAAGUGGUGGAUGUGAAUGGGGAUCAAAAUUCGUAGAUGUUUAUUUUGAAGAAUUUAUGAAAGAAUUUUUUGGGGAAGAAUUGUUUGGGAAAUAUAUGAGAAAUGCUGUAGGAAGAUUAGAUAUUUUGAAACACUUUGAAAUGCUUAAAAGGAAGUUCUGUCCUGGAAUUGAUGAAAGAUCAAGAUUGCAGCUGAGCUACAUGGGCGAAGAUUUAACUGCACAAAUUUUGUCGAAUUUGGUUAAGAAUUAUAAUAAAGCUCAUCCACCAGAGUUUGAGCUAAAACAAAGAGGCUCGUCAAGUUUAGAUCUGCCUACCCCUCUUAUGGCUUCAUUUUUCCAGCCUCUUUUUGAAAACAUAAAGUCAAAAGUGGCUCAGCUGAAAUCUCAAGUUGAUGCCAAAGGCGAACAGUUAGGCUUUAUUUUUAUGGUUGGCGGGUUCUCUGAAAGUCCAUUCCUUAAGCAAGAAAUAAAAAAGCAAUUCGAAACUGAGCAGCUGCAAGUUUUAGUCCCUCGACGUCCACAAGUGAGCGUAGUCCGAGGAGCUUGCCUAUUUGGCCUUGACCCCCACUCUAUAACUUCUAGAAUUGUCAAAAAAACAUAUGGGAUAAAUACCCUUACCACAUUUGACCCUGAAAGACACCCAGAAACCAAAAAAGUCAUAAUUGAAGGAGAAGAUUUCUGUGAAGACGUUUUCGAUCCUUUUGUCAGAGCUGGAGAUUCUGUAGGUGCUGAAGAAGUGCAUACAAAAACAUAUUGUCCAGUAAGAUCAAGACAAACUGUCAUGAGGAUUAUUUUUUACUGCACUGAGUCUAGAGAUGUCGAUUUUGUCGAUGAAGAAGGGGUAGAACAGCUUGGAGAACUUACAAUUGAUAUAGGGAGACCUUUCCAGUCAGUAGAAGAUAAGACUGUUAAAGUCACACUGAGGUUUGGAAGCACAAAUAUAUAUGCUGGAGCUACGAAUAAAGACGGCACUGAAAUCAGAAACUGCGAAUUCAGGUUUGAUGACUCUUAA